AUGGCAAAGAAUCCUCCAGAGAACUGUGAGGACUGUCACAUUCUAAAUGCAGAAGCUUUGAAAUCCAAGAAGAUAUGUAAAUCACUGAAGAUUUGUGGACUGGUGUUUGGUGUCCUGGCCUUAACUCUAAUUGUCCUGUUUUGGGGGAGCAAACACUUCUGGCCCGAGGUAUCCAAGAAAACCUAUGACAUGGAGCACACUUUCUACAGCAAUGGGGAGAAGAAGAAGAUUUACAUGGAAAUUGAUCCCAUGACCAGAACGGAAAUAUUCAGAAGUGGAAAUGGCACUGAUGAAACAUUGGAAGUUCAUGACUUUAAAAACGGAUACACUGGCAUCUACUUCGUAGGUCUUCAAAAGUGCUUUAUUAAAACUCAAAUCAAAGUGAUUCCUGAAUUUUCGGAACCAGAAGAGGAAAUAGAUGAGAAUGAAGAAAUCACUACAACUUUCUUUGAACAGUCAGUGAUUUGGGUUCCUGCAGAAAAGCCUAUUGAAAACCGAGACUUUCUGAAAAAUUCUAAAAUUCUGGAGAUUUGCGAUAAUGUGACCAUGUACUGGAUCAAUCCCACUCUAAUAGCAGUUUCAGAGUUACAAGACUUUGAGGAGGAUGGUGAAGAUCUUCAUUUUCCUACCAAUGAAAAGAAGGGGAUUGAACAGAAUGAGCAAUGGGUGGUUCCGCAAGUAAAGGUGGAGAAGACCCGUCACACCAGACAAGCAAGUGAGGAAGACCUUCCAGUCAAUGACUAUACUGAAAAUGGAAUCGAAUUUGACCCCAUGCUGGAUGAGAGAGGUUAUUGUUGUAUUUACUGUCGUAGAGGCAACCGCUACUGCCGCCGUGUCUGUGAACCUUUACUAGGUUACUACCCAUAUCCAUACUGCUACCAAGGAGGACGAGUCAUCUGUCGUGUCAUCAUGCCUUGCAACUGGUGGGUGGCCCGCAUGCUUGGGAGAGUCUAA